CUCAAAGCUCACGACGAGGACAGAAAUGCUCAACUUGACUACUCGUUGGUGGAGGCACCUGGCGGAGGACAACAGGCGGUGGCGUUGAUAUUCGAGGUGGAGAAGGGCGGACGUGUGGUGCUACGGCGAGGCCUUGAUUUUGAAUCCUGCCAAAGCUACAUCCUCCCUGUCAGCGUAACAGAUGGGGAUUUCAGCGCUGAAACCACACUCCAUGUCACCGUGGCCGAUGUCAAUGACGAGGCUCCACGAUUCGAAAUUAAUCCCAUACAUCUUGUGGCUGAGGAAGGCACCUCAGCCAAGCGAUCCAUUGGACAGUCCCCUCUUGCUUCCACUUUACCAACUCCAUGUUGUACGAUGCGUGUGCAGGUGCGCGUAUACGAUCCGGACAGCGUAGAGGUGAACGGAGUGGUGCGCUGCAAGGAGCCGGACGAGUGGGUCCACCGACAGGUCCUACUGUUCACUCCUGAUCCACAGGCCCACCCCUCAGCAGGUCUGUAUGAUCUUCAAACUCGCCUCGAACUGGAUCGUGAAGGUCCCGAUGCCAGUGCCGGUGGAGUGGCACUGAUUCGCCUCAUUUGUUGGGAUGCUAAUGAAAUAAUUCACUCCUCAUCCACUACCUAUACAUCCAGCACCACCGCUCGACGCCUUACUUCAACCCUCACUGCCACCCUCACUAUUCGUGAUGUCAAUGACAAUGCGCCCACUUUCCACCGACCUGUCUACCACGUUGCUGUAACCGAGAACAAUCACAUUGGCGCAAAAAUAGUUCAAGUGAGUUAA